UGCCGAGCUCCCCAGACACACACAUACACCACCGUGGCCAUCCUCUCUUUUCCAGUGACUUCCUCCCCUGAGCAAUUUAUCCACACCAUCCCCUCCUCCCUAUCUCCUCGCCCGCGCGAGUCUGAGCCAUACAGAGUGACGUAUGAGCUAUUCCGCGGCUUUCCACAUCCGUGGGUGCCAGCUCACCAAGUAUAAACUCAAUCCCGGGAGUUCUGCUUGUCACUCACUCAAUCGCACCGACUCCGUCACCAGAGCUGAACUUCAGCGGAGAUAGCAGGCACUUUCUCAGCGCUCAGGCUAGCUCGCUUUCGGCUUUGGUUCGAGAUGGAGACUCGCUCGACUGCACGGAGAUCUCGGAGCUCCAAUAUCCACAACUUCAAGAGUGGGCUCACCCUGUGGCUGGUGCUGUGGUUGGUGGUUCUGAAGCCGAGUGGGGCGGGGGCGUGUCCAAGGCUGUGUGUGUGUUACCCGUCACCCAUGACGGUUAGCUGCCAGUCUCAGAACUUCACCACCGUGCCCUCCGGAGUGCCCUACGACUCCCAGCGCGUCUUUCUGCAGAACAACCGCAUCACUGAACUCAGAGCAGACUCCUUUGGCUUCGAGACACAGGUUCUCUGGCUCUACUCCAAUAACAUCACAUUGAUUGAGGCUGGAGCCUUUAGCAACCUGAGGGUUCUAGAAGAGCUGGACCUUGGUGACAACCCGUCGUUACGGCGACUGGAGGGUGGAGCGUUCCGGGGACUGGAGAAGCUGCAGAGCCUGCACAUGCACCGCUGCAAGCUGGCUGCUCUUCCUCUCGACCUCUUCCUCAAACUCUACAGCCUGCAGUUCCUCUACCUGCAGGAGAACCAGCUGCACUUCAUCCAGGAUGACCUCUUCUCCGACCUGGUCAACCUGACCCACCUCUUCCUGCAUGGCAACCGUAUCCGCACGCUGUCCGAGAACGUGUUCCGCGGCCUGGUCAACCUGGACCGCCUCCUGCUCCACGACAACCGCAUCCGGCAGGUGAACCGCCGUGCCUUCCGCGACCUGGGCCGUCUGACCAUCCUCUACUUGUUCAACAACUCCCUGGCAGAGCUGCCAGGCCAGGCCAUGAAGGACGCUGUGGCAGUCCAGUUCCUCCGCCUCAAUGGGAACCCCUGGUCUUGCGGCUGUGAGGCCCGCCCCCUGUGGGAGUGGUUCCGUAGUGCCCGCAUCUCCUCCUCUGAGCUGAUGUGCUCAUCCCCCUCCCACCGCCGUGGACAGGACCUGCGCUUCCUCCGAGAGAUGGACUUUGCCCUUUGCCCCCUCCCUGACCCUGGGUCACUGGCUGGCACCACCACAACCACCUUUAGCACCAAGACAAGAUGGUGGUUCUCCAAGCACAAGCCUGCGUCCUCAUCCAAAGGAAUCUUCCAGAAGAGCUCGGAGAAGGUCAAGGUGUUCCCCUUGUCCUCAGUCAAGCCCAGCCAGACCUCCAACCCUCCCUCCACCUCCUUCGCCUCUAAGUACGAGCUGGCGGAAGAGGAGGUGAACCUUCCCAAGGUGGACCAGGAGGAGUACUGGGCAGACUACGGGAAUGAAGACGCCUCCGUGCGCUGCUUCGACCUUGAGUGUCCACCCGGUUACGACACCCCGGUCCUCCCGCCCUCCUCCUCCUUCUCCCUCACUCCGUCUUUACUCCCUCUCCUCUCCCUUUCUGUGCUAACUCUGUCCCUCCAUCUUCUCUUUGGCUGAACACCCCCCCCUAUCAGCCGCUUUAUUUUCUCCCUCCUCUUUCUUCUCUUCACACCUGGAUCUUGAUUCCUUUCAGUCCCCCCCCCCCCCCCCCCUAGCCCCCCAGGGGGCGGUACACUGAUGUAGAAGCAGGCAGGCAGUAGGGAGCUGCUCUCAGGAGCACAGGUGAGAUGCAGUGUAGGCUAACACCAUUUGAUUGGAGGGCACCGCUGCUGCUGAUAGGGCUGAGGUCAUUUUUCACUGAGAUGACAUCACAGCAGCAGGUACUAUCGCCGUGACAGCACGAUAGUGUGGUCAGUUUACGCAAGCUCCAAUCACUACUGUACCACCGCACUAACACAUCACACAUCAGGACACUUACACGUCCAUACAUAUAGCACCGUAACACAAUACUGCAUUCAAUUCAUACCACUCAGUAAGAUGGUGAUGUUUUGAGGAAGUUUUUCACCACAACUACUAGUUUGUAUACUCAGCAAACAACGCUGGCGUUGGCUAUUUUGUACGGCGCCAAGCGCUCACCGUUGUAAACCACUCCAUACCAGUUCUGCAAAGAAAAUAUUUUCAAAAGCAACACUUUCUUUCGUUUUUGGUUUAAUGACAUCAUAGUCAUUUUUGUUCACUCACCUUUCAACUUUCACCUCUCCACCUGCGAUGCCAGGGCUACAGCAGCAAGACAUAGAAAGCACUGAGGGCAUCUCCUAAAGGAAAUAGUAGGAAGAACAAUGAUGGUAGAAUACUGUAGGGAGACAACUAUCAGUGAUAUGGUAGAGGAGAGGUGGAUAUAAGUCAACUAUGAAGAAAAGGAGGGUGAUAAUGUACAGGUAUAGGAGAGAGAGAGAGAUAAAAAGUUAAAGUUCCAAGGAUGAUGACAAACAAGAGAUGAUAAAAUAAAGAGAGAAGCAGAGAGUGUGAGAGUGAAAGGAUUGUUUAGUGUUAAGAUGUACAGCAGAGAUCGGACCAGGUUAGAGAUCAGAGAUCAGGCCAGGUCAGAGAUCAUGCCAGGUCAGAGAUCAAGUCAGAGAUCAGGCCAGGUCAAAGAUCAGGUCAGGUCAGAGAUCAGGUCAGGUCAAAGAUCAGGUCAGGUCAGAGAUCAGGUCAGGUCAAAGAUCAGGUCAGAGAUCAGGUCAGGUCAGAGAUCAGGUCAGGAAUCAGGCCAGGUCAGAGAUCAGGUCAGGUCAAAGAUCAGGUCAGAGAUCAGGCCAGGUCAGAGAUCAGGUCAGGUCAAAGAUCAGGUCAGGGAUCAGGUCAGGUUAAAGAUCAGGUCAGAGAUCAGGCCAGGUCAGAGAUCAGGCCAGGUCAAAGAUCAGGUCAGAGAGCAGGCCAGGUCAGAGAGCCAGCGAGGGAGUGAAAGCAAGGGCGUCUCUCCAGCUCCAACAUUUGACAUGUAAUCUAUUUUUCCUGUCAACACCAUCAAUAACAAGCACACUGAAAAUAUCUCACACUUUAAACUCUGUACAUAGGUACUGAUACACUUAUGACACUAUAUACAGUAGCAACAUACAUGACACUGCUGUGUAGUUUAGUGUAUGAAGCCCGUGCUUCAACGCUCUUCUUGUUUCCUGGUUUUUGUUUUGGUGAUUGUUGCCAUGAGUGAUGCCAUCAUGUGUAUUCGUGUACUGUAUGUAAAGAUUGAGGAGAUUUGAAGAGAACUUUGAUUUCCUUCAAAUGUUCGUUUCCACCUCUUGUUUUAAAGUCUGUGGUUACCCUCUUGACCAGAUUGUGUGUCUCUCUCAAUGUGUUAUUGUGAGAUGUGCACAGAGGGACAGUACUGGGGAGAACCUAUAGCCCAUUAUGGUAACUGAAGCCCAGGUCCAGCCCGGUUGAUCUAGUCCAAAUGAGUGACCUGCUGUGGGUCAGCAGCAGAUGAGGAGUGUCCAGUCAUCCCUGAUAUGUGUGUGUAUGUGUGUGUGGGUGUCAGCAGCCUCUCAUGUGUUAAAAGACUAUUAACGACCCCUUUCGUUAGCAAGCUGUCAUAUUUCAAGCAGCUCUCAUAUGUUAAUGAGUCUGAGUCUAAGAGGAUUCCGCUGUGAGCAGAAAACGCAGCUGUCUGAUUCCAGAUCUAACACACACACACACACACACACACCAACAGCAGGUGCAUGGCUGAAUGUAAAUCUCUGUCGAAUCAAAUGCAAAUCCAACAAGGUAAUGAUGAGAGUGUUGGAGCAUUUCUGUUUGUCACUCCUCUCUUCCGCAGACUGUGGUUGAAUGAA